UCUCUCUCUCUCUCUCUCUCUCUCUCUCUUUAUAUAUAAAGAGCUCCGACGCCUCUUACCUAACCUCUUCGUCAGCUCCGCCUCAAUUUUCAAGCCCCCUUUGUCAAACUCUCACAAUGAGCGUGACGUUGCAGUCGGUCUCUCUCUUAAACCCUAACCCUAGCUCUCGCUUCCAGAAGGCGGCGGCGGCGACGACGACUCCGGUAGCCUUGUGUUCUCGGCGGUUCGAUCAUUUCGUCGGUGCUCGCGGUUAUGGAGGAGCUCCGGUUGCCGUUCCGAAGGGGCUCGGCUGUGGUGGCUCGCUGUCUCUGAGCCGGCGGAGCUUGUGGUGCCGGCCAAUUGUAGCCGUUGCUGCCUCGCAAGAUGAAUCGAAGCAUCCAGAGGUUGAGGUGGAGAAGGAAAAGGAAAGUGCCAAGUUGAAAGCUGAAGAAUCAGAAGAAGCUUGGGAACAGACUUUGGCUUCUUUCAAAGAACAAGCUUUAAAGAUGCAAAGUGUCUCACAGGAAGCGUAUGAGAUAUAUUCUAAGAAAGCCUUGGUUAUUUUGAAGGAAACGUCAGAGCAGUUGAAAAUACAGGCUGAUAAGGCAAGGUAUGAUAUCACUGAGAUAGCUAAAGAGAUCAGCGUUGAAGGUAAAGAAUAUAUCUCCACAGCCGCAAAGAAUUCCCCUGAACCAGUGAAGGAAAUUGUUGAAACAUUCAAUUCAUCAACAGACGAUCUGAAUGACGUCACAAAAAUCCGCGACUUUCAUGUUGGGAUACCAUAUGGUCUGGUUCUUUCUCUUGGUGGCUUCCUUUCCUUCAUGGUAACAGGAAGCACUGCUGGAAUUAGGUUUGGGGUUAUCCUUGGUGGCAUUCUUUUGGCUUUCAGUGUUUCAAGUUUGAGAUCAUAUAAGCAAGGAGAAUCAUUUCCUUUGGCCUUGAAAGGGCAGGCAGCUAUAGCCAGUAUAAUUUUUCUGAGGGAGACAUGCCUACUGGCUCAGAGAUCAUGGAUUCCAUAUUUGUUGAGAACCCUUGUCAGUGGAGGUGUUGUAGCUUUCUAUGUCUAUAGGAUUGUACAGAAUGGUAAACACCAUAAACACCAAAAAGAUUCGAGCUUUGAAUGAGUCAGAAAGUUGGAGUAUGUGCAAGCAAAAGAGAAGUAACCAUCUCAGGAUGCUCCGGGCUAGGAUGUUUGCUGAACUAAAGCUUCUCUGGUUAAACACUCGUGCGAGCUGUUAGGAACGAGGCAUUACGAGUUUGGAGUUUAGACACUUGUCUUUUUCUUUUUGCAUUUUGUAUUUACGAUUGAGUUUAUUAGGGCAAACAUAUAGAUAUUUCUGUAAUAUGGUGUUCUUGGUCCCCUUUUUGAUAUUGAGGUGGUAGAACUAGUUGUUUGGCCUUUGCAUCUGUUUCUUGUCCCUGUGUUUAAAGUUCUAUAUUACAUAACAGCUGUCUUGGACUGAAAGCUAUCGCUCUACAGGCCACAGCUCAUGUAAGUCUUUGUAUGUAACUCUUUUCGUUGGCUCAGCCAUGGUGAAGAAGAGAAAUAAAGAUGUACCAUGAUUUCAA